AUGGCUUUCGGGAACGACAAGACGCAUGAUCAGUCGCCCAACACCAGUGGUCCGGUCAGUUUUACCUCUACUUAUUCUCCUUCUGGGUCCUUUGUCAAUCCGUCUGGGUCUUUCAUCAAUCCCGCUGUGCCUCUAAGCCUCAGAGGCGGCGGCCCGGGUGAGCCUGCUUCUGGAGAAACGGAAGAGACCACUCAUCUGUCACCUCGCAAGGACUCCCUGGACUCUCUUCCUUCGACAACCAUCGUAGAGUCUCCCCCCCUGCCGCCACUACUCCAACGGUCGCCAAUGCCUAAAACUAACAAGGAAUGCCUCGAGACUCUUCGGCAUGAAUCGGAAAGAAUGAUUGUGGGAAGCUUCAUUCUCAGCGGCUUGAUAUUCCCCGGUGUCGGCAACAAACUCGCCGAUAAACUGGCGGCACUUUCCGGCACCAAAUUGCGGGACAUGUCAGCCAUCAGAAACGAAUCGUGCCCUCCUUCCGCAUGUGCUGCAGUGGCGCUCGCUUGCGCGGAGGACUUACUCAAUGGCAUUUGUGGUCGUUAUGUCCCAGGUCCCACCCCAUUCUCGGUUUCGUUCCCACUUCUGUAUACCCCUUCGCGUACAGGACAAGAUGGGAAAAUAGGAGUCUUUCAGUUUAUCGACUUCAUCACCCCAAACUUCAAACAGCAACUUCACGGGUUUCGUCAAGUAAUUGAUGAUGAAGGUGCCAGUCCUCCGACUUCUACGAACAAUGAGCAUGUCAGCAUGAAGAGUUCUAACAGGCUACUGUGGUCACUGGUCGCCGAUUUAGAACACCUGAUAUAUGGAGAUGAGAUGACAAAACAAAAGGACACGCAUCGUUCCACGAAGGUUGCUAAAACUGAAGGUGAUGAUACACUAAACCACGAUGGACCAGCCUUCAGCAUUGAAAAGUGUAUCCUACAGUUAUUCUAUGAUAUUGACCCAAAAGAAUAUCACAGUUGGCGCACACACAUUGAGGGACUUCCAGAGCAUGCGGCUAUACGCGGAACUGACAACGAGGCUGUCUCAAACAUGAUCGCGUCAACUCCAAAAAAUGGGGAAACUCUUACAACCGAUCAGGUUCUGCAACUCCUUGACCAUCGCAAAACAGGCCCCCUAAAGUCUGAAGGCUUUGUUGUAUGGCGCGGUAAAUCAGAUGGUCUCCCAACUGAUGAACACCAGUUCAUUUGGAUGGAGUGCAAAAGAAGACCACAAAGCCACGAGAAACAAGCCAAAACCCAGAUGAAAGCCGUAAGAAAGCGAGUUGAUGCAUACCUUUCUUCUGUGCACGACGAUCCCGCCAAGUCCGCCAAUGAACUCCCGUUAUCCGACAUGCUGCAAACUCUCGAGGCUCAGCUCGCAGAGUCUAGCUCUGGGAAUGAGAGUGGGAAGAGCUUAGCCACUAAAACCAGUGCUAACGACGAGAUCACGCCCGAGACUGAGCUAGAGAAGGGCUUGAGAGAGGAGCUGAUCAAGCGUUGUAUUUUGCGUUUGAAUCCAGCUUCCGCUUCUACUUUUCGAUCACAGGAUAAGGGCAAAAAGAAGGAUGACGCCCCCUACACGGUCACGGAAAAACCCACACCAAAGCCAUAUCGCACUAUAGGCGAUGCCGUUCCGGCCGUGCUGGAAGAGUUGGGAAAGGAAGGAGCCCCCAUUGAACUCAGUCACCACAACGGUUCCAGUGUUGUGGCCAUGAGCAUCCCCAUCGACCAGUUGCAAGGGUUUGAACGGGCAGACAGGGCAGACAAAGCAAGACAGGCUCAGCUGAGCAAGAAGGGGGAUCCGCUCACAUCUCAAGAACGAGAAAAACUCGCAUUGCUGAAAUCCAACCUGAAAAGUAUCCGCGCUGCGUUUGAGCUGCAGGAAAUAGAGAACAGAAUAGAGGAGUUGGAAAAGCAACAGAAGGUGAAUCAAAGGCGACAGGAAGCAGAGCGUGAUAUUGCUGAGACCUGUGCCAGCGCCGGACCCAAUGGUGGUCGUAUUGCUAAGAAGAUGGCAUCACAAGCGUCGGCGGUGAGGGGGUCCGAAGCAAAUGAGGAUAACUCGAAGGCGGCCAAGCAGGCGAUGAGAGAGCGGUCAUAUCAAAUGAUAUGCACCGUUGCUGAUAACACGCGACACAACGCAACUAUUUCCUGGCUGCAGGAACAGGAUCCAACCGCACCGUCUUGCUCGGUUAAUGCCGUUGCUGGGCCUUCUCGGACCACGAGCGAGGGUCCUGUUGUGGAAGAAGAUGCCUCUAUGUCGACUGCAAGCGAAAUGGGUAGUGAUGCGGACCCAGCGGUUUCUUCUGAAAGGAGGAUAGAACUGCUUGCACAAGAAAUGGGGUAUAAGGAGGCCUUUGACAAGGGCUUGGAACGGCUGCGGAAAGAAUUUGAUUUGUCGUCGGUUGCUGAUGGCUUCGAUACUCUCCUCGAAGUGGACUGGUGUCACUGGACUGCUGAUUGGAGGGCUUUUUUGAGGCGUAUGGAGGCGCGUGCUAUGAGGUUCAUUGCUGCUCACGGUGGUGCUGUCGUUGAUGACGCCGUCGGUGAUAUUGGUGCUGAUGACGUUGGCGGUACAAGUGUCGGUCCUGAUGACUCCGCUGGUAGCCCCCCUGUUGCUGAUACUGAUACAUCCCAUGGAGGUCCAGCAUAUCCUGCUUCUCCUUCUGCGUCUGGGUCUUCUGGCAAUCCUGCUAAUUCUGAGAACGAUGCAAGUCUCAGAGGUGGCGGCCUGAACAUAUUGGAGGAGGAAGUCCAAGACUUUUGGGAUGACGUCCGUCGGCAGUUGAAGAUAGAUGACGAGGAGAUAUACGACUCCGAGUCCGACUCCGGCGAAGAAGCCAGAGUCCGGAGAGAGGCCAGAGAUGCUGCGGAUGAUGCGUACCUUGCGUGGUUGAGGGGGGAUAGCUCUACCGCCUUCACCAUGGACACCUUGAAGCUCUUUAUGAGACCCGACAAGGAUGCCAACGACAAGAGGCCCGCCCCUCCUCUCCCAAUGCCCACGACCCGGGACAACACCGCCGCACUUAGUCCAGCUUCUAAACAUGUUCCCGAGCUGAUGGCCAUUCGCUGCAGAAACUUGUUCCCCCCGAGGAAGUCUGGAAGUAAGUUUGAGGAAGAUCCCAGGGACCUUGACCUGAACAGGGAGUUUGAAGAGGAGGCUGUAGCAGCCGCAGCCGCAGCCGCAGCCGCGGUGCAAGUCGAACAGCAGCUGCUUCUUCUCGCCAAAGAGCCACCUACACCACCUGCCACAACACAGUACCACCACUACUCAUGGCCCACAAGUGGAAGAAAGUCACAGGAACCAGGAGGAAACAAGGAGUUGUUGUCCAGGUGUGAGAAGCUUGCAAAGCGAGCCAAGGCGUGGCCUAGUAGACUCUUUUUGUUUUCUGUGAAGAAGGAAGAUUUUGAUCCCGGGAGGAAUCCCUAUAAGGAGAGCACAAGUCGUCUAAAGACAUUGUUUCGAAGGGUGACGGGUGCAGGAGAGGAGUGGUAGCUGCCUUUGUUGGACACCUAUGUAUUUGGUGUCUGGCGGUUGGUUGCUUGUGGCUGCGGUUUUGGUUGUUUGGAUGUUGAGCUGAUGUGGUGGGAAGAUGUUGGACGGCUUGGAAAGACGGAAGG